CGGGGGACCGACCGCCGCGCAGCUCGGGCCGCAGCGCGCAUACACCCGGCCCGGCUCCCGAGGGCGCCAGCGCGGCCCCGGGGAGUGCGAGGAGCCGGCGAGCACGCGGCCUGCCGUUGGCGGCCUGGUCCGCCACGCUCGGCGCCCACCCGCCCCCGAGGUGGGGUCCAAGCCCCCGGGAAGAUGGUGUCCUGGAUGAUCUCCAGAGCCGUGGUGUUGGUGUUUGGAAUGCUUUAUCCUGCAUAUUAUUCAUACAAAGCUGUGAAGACAAAAAACGUGAAAGAAUAUGUCCGAUGGAUGAUGUACUGGAUUGUUUUUGCUCUCUAUACUGUGAUUGAAACAGUAACAGAUCAAACAGUCGCUUGGUUCCCCCUGUACUAUGAGCUUAAGAUUGCCUUUGUCGUGUGGCUGCUCUCUCCCUAUACCAAAGGAGCAAGUUUAAUAUAUAGAAAAUUCCUUCAUCCACUUCUUUCUUCCAAGGAAAGGGAGAUUGAUGACUAUAUCGUCCAAGCCAAGGAGCGGGGCUACGAGACCGUGGUCAGCUUCGGCCGGCAAGGGCUGGCUUUCGCAGCCACUGCUGCAGUCACUGCAGCAGUGAAGAGCCAAGGAGCAAUAACCGAACGUUUACGAAGUUUUAGUAUGCAUGACCUAACAGCUAUCCAAGGCGAUGAGCCUGUGGGACAAAGACCAUUCCAACCUCUACAAGAAACAAAAAAGAAAAGUAAAUCAGUCUCCGGUGAAUCAGCAGGUUAUGGAAUUCCACUGAAAGACGGAGAUGAGAAAACUGAUGAAGAAGCGGAGGGGCCGUAUUCAGAUGAUGAGAUGUUAACACACAAAGGGCUUCGAAGAUCGCAAAGCAUGAAAUCUGUGAAAACCGUGAAAGGCCGCAAAGAGGUACGAUACGGAUCACUAAAAUACAAAGUGAAGAAGAGACCACAGGUGUAUUUUUAGUCAUCUGCACUUCAAGAAUCCUAAGACAAAUUACACUAAUAUGUUGACUUUUUUGCUAACAUUAUUCAUUCAGGAUUUACACAUUAAAAUAAUACUUUAAAUUGUGGCGGUGAUAGGGUUUAUUUUCAUCAAUUUAAAUAGCUUUUAUUUCUUUCACCAUUACUUCCAUGUCCUGACUACUAAAGGUAGUUAUACAAAGCUUAUUUAUGUUUAUGUAUAUAUAUCUCAGAAAUAAUAGAAAAUUGUGUUAUCUGUUUUCAAAUUCCUCAACAACAUUGAGUGCCUGGGAUAUUAAGAUGAAACACAAACCCACAGUAUACUUGAAAAGAGUCUUUACGGUUUAAGAUACAUCAGCCUUUGCGCUAUUGUAUUUGUGUUUACCUCCGUUUAUAUUCUGUCUAUCACAUGAGGAUAGUAAUUAAAUAGGCCUCUGAUCCAGCAGUGAUAGGACAAGGGCAUAAUGUAAGAUACAGCAUGUUUUAUAUAUUCUUUAAAUUUUUACUUUUUUAAUACUUUCUGGUUUUUCCACCAUCAACUGAAAGUUUUCAAAACAAGUAUUUCAAAGCCAGGUCUCCACGUAGCACUUUUUAUUCCUGACUAGUUUUGCACACUUGAAAAUUGUUUACUUAUUUGUGACUGUACAUUUAAGUUUUAUUGACACUAUCUUUAUUGUUAUUUGUCACAUCCCAACAUGUCACAUUUAUGCCUUGAAUUUCGUCAUCUCUUUUCCUGUGGGUUUCAUUUGUUAAAUUCAUUAGAUUCUAAUAAUAUGAAAAUACAGCUCAUUGUUCAACUUUAACUAUUUUUAACUCUCUCCUCUGUAGAUGAGAAGCUGUUUUGAACAUCAACCAGUUUUCCA